CGUAGCGGUACUAGUACUAGUACGCGUACUUCUUGUACGGUUAGGAACCACUACGACGCCACAUUCAACGAAACACAUCAAAACACUUCUUGUCACUGUGCGUUGGUCGGAAAUGGUCUCUGGGCUAUUUCCCAGAGCAGUGGUACUAACGAGGGCCAAGCUAAGAGACUGACGAAGGAAAACAAUUUGAAGCAGCUCCUUCCAAGAAACUUGACGUACCAUGAAUGAAUCAGCAGCCGCGAACGAAUCUCCCCCCGGUGAAACGCCGGAGCCUUCCACACAAGACGACAUCCUGCAGCUGUUGCCAGCGAAGGAAGAGGAUGGUUCAAAAAAUGAGAAUGACGUGAAUGGGUCGCAAGCCGCCCAAGACUCUCCCAUCGGUAAAUCACCAGAGCCUUCCGCACAAGACGACAUCCUGCAGCUGUUGCCAGCAAAGGAAGAGGAUGGUUCAAAAAAUGAGAAUGACGUGAAUGGGUCGCAAGCCGCCCAAGACUCUCCCAUUGGUAAAUCACCAGACCCUUCCGCACAAGACGAYAUCCUGCAGCUGUUGCCAGCGAAGGAAGAGGAUGGUUCAAAAAAUGAGAAUGACGUGAAUGGGCUGCAAGCCGCCCAAGACUUUCCCAUGGGUAAAUCACCAGACCCUUCCGCACAAGAGGAUAUCCUGCAGCUGUUGCCAGCGAAGGAAGAGGAUGGUUCGAAAAAUGAGAAUGACGUGAAUGGGUCGCAAGCCGCCCAAGACUCUCCCAUCGGUAAAUCACCGAAGCCUACCAUACGUAAGGAAGCUUCCAUGCAGUUGAUACCGACAAACCUUGGCCCUGUUUCAGAAACUGAGAAUCCCAUGAAUCAGUCGAUAUCCGUCAACGACUUGACACUCAGCGCAUCGCCCAAGCGUUCUGUUAACAAGGAGGACUCUUCACAGUGGAUGCCGACUUCACUAGAGCCUGUUUUGGAACUUGACAACUCAAUGAAUCAAUCGCUAGCGCCUCUGUCGGAACGUAACACUUCUAUGGAUCAGUCGAUAGGCAUCAACGACUUUUCAUUCAACGCAUCAUCCGUUCCUUCUUCGUUGGCGAGUGGAUCAUUUCGGUCUAUAAUGACAAAAUUAAAGCCUGUUUCGGAGGAUUUCAUGGCAAAGCUGAAUGAAUCCAUACGUAUUGAUGGAUCCAUCUCAGAUUUCAGCUACUCUGUGAAUGAUUCUGCUCGAGGUGUGAGUUUCGAUGAAGUGUAUGACAAAGAAGAAAUUCUUGGGGAGGGAGCUAUGGCCCAAGUGUUUAGAUGUGUCCAUCGGGAGAGAAACUUUUCGUAUGCGGUCAAGGAAGUUCUUGCCGAAAAUUACGACAGUCCUGAUCAAGACGUCAAGGAAGAAAUCCAUGCCUUGAAAAAAUUGAGGGAUGGCCCUUAUAUUUUAAAACUUUGGGAUGUAUUUACUGGACCCGACACUACGCAUUUGAUCAUGGAAUUGAUGGAGGGGGGGGAUCUGCUUGGUAUCCUAAUUGAUAAAGGAAAGUUUAGCGAGAGUGAAUCUCGUCGAAUAAGUCGAAAAUUGCUCGAGGCAAUUUUCUUUUGUCACAAGAAAUAUAUUGUACACAGAGAUAUCAAAUUGGAUAACAUAUUGAUAAGUGAUCGCGACAGCAACGAUGACUCAAAAAUCAAGCUUGCAGACUUUGGAUGCUCCCGUACUUUUGUUGCAGGAGAGAAGGGGCUAAAGACGCUUUGCGGCUCACCACAAUAUGCAGCUCCGGAGCUCUAUAUGCAUGAGGAUGGAUACGAUGAAAAGUGUGAUCUUUGGAGUGCAGGCAUUUGUGUGUUUGUCCUCUUAGGAGGAUAUGCACCAUUCGAUGGUGAAGGAAUGGAACUAAGAAGUGUAGUAUGCGAUGGAUAUCUACACUUCCCUUCGGAAGAUUGGGAAGGAAUAUCUGAAAACGCAAUGAAUCUGAUCAAAAGCCUUAUAGUUGUCGAUCCAGACGAAAGAGCAACGGUUGUAGAAGCCCUGGACAGCGAGUGGCUACGGCGAAGGGAUAGGGAAUCUGUUUUAAAAUAUAGAAACGUCAACAUGGACGGCUCUGUCUCCGGCACGUUUGAUGCUUGGAUCAAAUUACAACAGAAAAACGGCAUAAGCCUUAGAAAACUACCAUCUGACUCUUACCACUCCUCCCACUCGGAACUUACUGAUGACAUGAAUAAUUCAUGCCGAUCAUUCAAUGACGAGAUUCAUUAAGUCGCGUACGAAAUAUCAUCAGUUUUUAAUCAAAGCAACAUGCUAAAACUCUAGGCAGGACUUGUAGUCUAUACUCAAAGAAGUAAGUACUGUCUGCCAAAGAUUGUUUCACUGAAGUUUGCAUGCACUUCGGAAUACAGAAUACGAUGGUAUGAAUCCUACUUCCAUCCAGGCGGAAAUGUCAUUGUAGACACAAGAGAAAGUGAUCCAUUGCAUAGACCAGCAAGAGGAAACAGAACAAAAGAUCAGAACUCUUCCUAUUGAGUCUGAAGAAACGCAUGUUUGUAAUUUCCUGUCCAAUUUUCCUCUUCCGUCCUAAAUAACCAGAUAUAACUAGCCCAUUCUUGGUGGCCACAAUUUUUCACAAAAUCGAUACCGACAUACUAAUAUUUGUCUCUGGACUCACUGUUGUUACUUAUUGACAAACAUUGUGUAUCAAGACAAGUGCAGAUCUUUCUUGUUGAAACAAGAAGAACCAAGGAAGAAAGAUUUUAAUGGGCA